CCUGCAUAUGGCGAUUGAAUGGCGAUUUGUUCAAUGUGCAGUGUAGAAUUUUAUUAAUUUUAACCAUUUAUUUUACUUGUUAUUGAAUUUUAAAUUAUCUCAAUUAUUUUACUUUAGAGUAAUUGUGAUAAAAACGUGCUUUAUAAUAUCGGAGGUAGAAUAAAGUGUAAUUUCUUGGUUUUUGGGACAAUUAUUUUUUGUUCAAAAGGAGAAUCGUCCAAAAGGGCGCAAGUAUAUUUAUAUGACUUUAGCAAAACACAAAGAGACAUUAUUAACCAAAAGCUUAGUUGGGAGUUUAGGGCCCGGGCCAGCGAGGUGUAUGACGACUUCGCAGCGACGUGAGCCCACCUGUUAUAGGACAACAAAAUUUUCAUCCAAUAGGCAUCGGAAACUCCAGCCAUUCAGGGAAACGUGACUGUUUUUUGCAAAUCAACACCGUACAGUGAAUCGCGAUACUGUGAAGACUAUCGAGGCCCAAAAACGCUGCCCCCACGUCAAAAUAUCAAACAUUUUUCAUUGCAAAGUCAUCCGUAUUGAUAGUCAGGGGAGAAGAACGGUAGCAUUUAGGACAAAAUCGAGCAGCGACAGCCGGCAAGAUGUCCGUGAACGUGAACCGCAGCGUCAGCGACGUUUUCUAUCGCUAUAAGAUGCCGCGCAUCAUUGCCAAGGUCGAGGGCAAAGGGAACGGCAUCAAAACGGUGAUCGUGAAUAUGGUGGACGUGGCCAAGGCCCUGGGCCGCCCGCCCACCUACCCGACCAAGUACUUCGGCUGCGAGCUGGGCGCGCAGACGCAGUUCGAGAAGAAAAACGAGCGCUUCAUCGUCAACGGCUCGCACGACGCCGCCAAGCUUCAGGACCUGCUCGACGGCUUCAUCCGCAAGUUCGUGCUGUGUCCGGAGUGCGAGAACCCCGAGACCGAGCUGCUGGUCUCCACCAAGAAGAACACGAUCUCGCAGGGGUGCAAGGCGUGCGGCCACCACGGCAUCCUCGAGUCCAACCACAAGUUGACCACGUACAUACUGAAGAACCCGCCCACCAUGAACCCCACCGUGCAGGGUUCCUCGCUCACCGAGGGCAAGCGCUCGAAGCGAAGCAAGAAGGUUAACGGCGACGCCAACGGCGACCAGAACGACCCCGACAACACCUUGGACAACUCCGCUGACAAGACCAUUGAUAACGGGGUCGGCAGCGACGACGAGACCGAGUGGGCGGUGGACGUGUCGGAGGAGGCGGUGCGCGCGCGCAUGCAGGAUUUAACGGACGGCGCCAAGAACAUGACGAUCAACGACGACCUCGAAAAGUCGGAGAAGGAGCGCAUGGACAUACUGUACAACCAGGUGAAGAGCAAGCGCGACUCCGGUCAGCUGGAGAACGCGCAGGUGCAGAAGGAGCUGCUGAACGAGGCGGAGCGGCUCGAGAUCAAGGCCAAGGCGCCGCUCGUGCUGGUCGAGCUCCUGCUCGACCAGAACAUCCUCGCGCAAAUCAAAAAGUACCGCCUGCUGUUCCUGCGCUUCACCGUCAACGACGGCAAGGCGCAGAAGUACCUCAUGGGCGGCCUCGAACAGGUGGUCGCCCUGAACCGCGACUCGCUCAUGGCCAAGGUGCCCGGCCUCCUCAAGGUGCUCUACGACCUCGACAUCCUCGGCGAGGCCUGCAUCCACGAGUGGGCCGAAAAGGUUUCGAAGAAGUACGUGCCGAAGGAGGUGAGCCAGGAGAUCCACGAUCAGGCGGGUCCGUUUAUAAAGUGGCUGAAGGAGGCGGACGAGGAGAGCGAGAGCGAGGAGGAGGAGAGCGACGUCGAAAUCGAGUACAACGACCGCGCGCAGGUCUCGCCGCUGAAGGCGGCCGCCAAAACGGCGCCCGCCAAGAAACCGGAACCGGAAGACGAGCCCGGCGAGGAGGUCGACAUCGACGCCAUCUAAGCCGCCAACAGGGUCAGUUUUUUUCAUUUUCUCCCCCCUCCCCAUCCACCUACAAUCUCCUCUCCUUAGCUUUUAAUGUCGAUUCAAUAGUUUUACGGUGUAUUAUGCGGCUAUAAAUACUAGUUCCAAAAAAACUCGUAUUCAUAGCUUGUUUUCAUUCCUUCUAAAUAGUAAGAUAGUCAAAUAAGAUAUUACUUAGCCUUGUCAUUGACGGGACCAAGUAAAAUCAAAACUGGUGACAACAAAAAAUGUUGGCUACCCGGCACCAAAAAAAAAAUGUCGGCCCGUGUAAUUCGCUACCAUUUACUGCUUUAGUUUCCCACUUGUAUUUUAUCUUAUUUACUAUUUAUCGGUACGAAAAUUCACCCAAUGUACUUUUCUUACAACCUUAUUGGUUUUUAUAAGUAUAUAAUUCAGAAAUGUUUACAUAAAGGAUUUAUAUAUUAUAUGGUUAGGUAGGUUUUCAUAUUCGCCCGCGUUGCAAAUUUCACUGUAAUUUCAACGCGGGUUCAAUUUUAUCGUUUAAUUAAUUGUCAAAAUAAAUGAAUUAAAUAAAGCA